AUGGCCGCCGUUCACACGCUCUGGGCGUUCCAAGCCCAGCCAGCGACGCGUGAAUUGCGCCAGCGCCAAGCACAUCAUGCCGACUUGAAUGAGGCAGACUCAUCGGAGGACGAGAUCGACGACACGUCGCCGCUUCGUGAUGAGGGCAUGGUGUUCAAUGGCUUGCGCGCAUCGAUGACCUCAGGCGGUCUUCCUCACGACAUGUUGGCUCUUGCUGAGCAAGCUGAAGACAGACGUUGGCUCCAGUCGACGAAUGUCGUAGCGCGUGCAGGAUCUACACAAGAGACCGCGGAAGUGGCAACACGGCAAAGGACUCUUCAAGAGGCCCGACGUGCGGCACGUGGGCAGCAUUUACCUUGGCGUGGACAGGCAGCGGAGGAUGCUCGUCUGCUACGCGUCCUCGAUGGCGUGCCGCCUCUUGGCAGCACAGAUGAUGCUGACCAACUGAGCGACUGGGAGGAGACGUUCGAGAUUGCAAAACAGGAACGAAUACGCUUUGGUGAGCGAGAUAUUGUGCAGAUUGGACGAAGGCGCACGUUGCACGAAGAAGAACUGAGCCGUGCCGACGACGACAUACAGCAGCGACCAUCUGCGAUGGGCAUUACGGACGUAUCACCCCUGCCUGAUUUGAUGCCGCCGCCGCCGCCUUUACUGGUUCCCACACCAUGGGAUAGCAUGAGUGCUGAUAUGGAUCCUAAUUCAGCCUCUUGGUCAGAUACAUCACGCUCGUAUUCUCGACUCAGCAUACCCACGCGUCAUGGGAAUCGGCCAAGGACGUCGCUCCCGCAUCGAUGGACUCCGCAACGCAUACCUGCAACCAAUGCGGCUAUAGCUGUUGCUGCCUUGGAUCAUGUGGCUCAACAAUCGCACUACAUGGGAGUUGAUUUGGAUGGGGAUGUGGACGAUAUGGAUACAUCUAUGUGA